AUUCAUUUUUGCGCAAACGCCUCACGGUCCCACCGAAAAAGAAAUCAACAAAAAUUUCGCAGAUAUUUGUUUGGAAGGAAGGACCGGCACUAUGGGCGAUGUCGACAAGUGGAUUGAGACGGUGAAGGAGUGCAAGUACCUGCCAGAGAACCAGUUGAAGAAUCUGUGUGAGAUGGUGUGCGAUAUACUAGUGGAAGAGUCAAACAUCCAGCCCGUCAGCACGCCGGUCACUGUCUGCGGCGAUAUUCAUGGCCAAUUCUACGAUCUGGAGCAGCUGUUCCGGACAGGCGGCCAGGUGCCGGACACCAACUACAUUUUUAUGGGCGACUUUGUCGAUCGUGGCUACUACUCGCUGGAAACGUUCACCCGCUUGCUGACCCUCAAGGCGCGCUAUCCCAACCGGAUAACCCUGUUGCGCGGAAACCACGAGACGCGACAGAUCACCAAGGUCUAUGGCUUCUUCGACGAAUGCUUCACCAAGUACGGAAAUGCAAAUGGCUGGAAGUAUUGCUGCAAGGUCUUUGAUCUGCUCACCAUCGCUGCCAUCAUUGAUGAGGAGGCUCUGUGCGUGCACGGCGGCCUGAGUCCAGAGAUCAUCACUUUGGACCAAAUUCGGACAAUCGAACGAAAUGGCGAGAUACCCUACAAGGGCGCGUUCUGCGAUCUGGUUUGGUCCGAUCCCGAGGAUAUGGAGUACUGGGGACAGAGUCCACGCGGCGCUGGGUGGCUGUUCGGUCACAAAGUCACCAAGGACUUUAUGGCGAUCAAUAAUCUGAACCUUAUCUGCCGUGCCCAUCAACUGGUCAACGAGGGCAUCAAGUACAUGUUUGAGGGCAAGCUGGUGACAGUGUGGUCGGCACCCAACUAUUGCUAUCGUUGUGGAAAUGUAGCGGCAAUCCUUAGCUUCGAUACGGCGCAGCAAAGACAGACGAAGACCUUUGUGGCGGUGCCGGAUGCGGAACGGGUUAUACCCAAGCAGAACACGACGCCGUACUUCCUGUGAAUCGACCAAUUGUGUUCCUUAAAACUGAUCCGGCCAGUCAACAAGAGGAGAUUAUAUGUAUAUGUACGCUUUUUGGACGCAGCGCGGAGAGCAGCCUUUGAACCUGAGUCUACUUUUACCGCCUUUAUUGCCUUUAACGAAACUCGAAAACGAACACAAAAACACUCAAAUGUAUCAUAUCUAUUUAAUAAUAUUAAAAUUGUAUC